AUGCACGGGGAUUGGGAACGUACUGCAAACUACUCGCAAACAGAGAGCUUUCCACAAGCCGAUAGCGUCGAGAAUCUCGGCGAAGAUCAACGUUGUGAUAUCUUCAGGAAGGUUAGUAAGAGAUUUGAUAUCAGCGUAGCCAUAGUUAUAGGCAAAGUUGCAAUGUGCACAUCGCAAUAUGUUUGA